UGUAGUAUGUUUAUUUGCUACACGCAGUCCCCCGCCGGAAUCUGAAUCUGACCAUGGCUCCGGUUCUUCGCAAACGGAAAAUUGAAAAAGACAGAAAGACAACAGCACCCAGCGAAGAAGGAGAGAUGGCCGUAGUUGACCCUGUAACUGUAAACAACAAUCGAAAGAUUGGCUGGUGCAAGGCUCGGAGGAAGGCCAUAAAGAUGAGCUGUAUUGCUGAUAUUUUGCCGCAAGAAGUCAUUUUUGCUAUCCUUCUUCUCCUUCCUGUGGAUUUCAUCUAUCAUGUAGUGAGGUAUGUUUGUCGAGGGUGGUAUAAUAUAAUCCGCAGCCCGAGUGUUGCUCAUUCCCACCUCCACAACUCAUCAUCGUCUAAUACCUGCCUCUUUCUCCAGUCCAGUUUCUAUCACACUCCUAAGUCAGGGUAUUUUCUUAGGACUACCAACACUGGCACAAUUGAAUUUAAGCGGCUAGGUUUUGUGCCUCACGGCGUUGUUAUGUCUAGCUGUAACGGCUUACUUUACUUUCCAAAGCAUGAGGCAUUUGAGCCUUGUGUUCUAAAUCCAGUCACGGGGCAGCAGGUUGUUUUACCUUUUUACAAAUUCAGAACUUGUAGACCAGGCACUAACCAUUUCUUGGCUUAUUCUCCUGUUUCGAGGGUAUAUAAGAUUGCACAGCUUAUAAGCUAUGCAUAUAAUGCUACCCCUCGAUUUGCAAUAUUAACCUUAGGUGGUGUUGAGAAAAAGAAAUGGAGACGUAUUGAUGCCAGUCACUUAGGUUUGCACACAUGUUAUUUCCGUUUCCCUCCAUUAUGUAUUGGGCGCUUUAUGUAUUAUUUUUGUGAUCCUCAAGGGAUGUCUAUUGUUGUAUUUGACAUUGAAAUUGAAACUCUUUGGUCAAUUUCCUUCCCCACAAGUGAUUGGAGGGAUCCCAAGAAGUUUUUAGCUAUGUGGGGAUCUCUUUCCAUGAUGGUGAAGGUUAAUUCGUAUUUGAUUAAGACUUGGUUGUUGAUUGAUCCCAAAACGGGGCGAUGGGAGAAGUUACCCGACAUUAAUUUCGUCGCUUCUUCACGAUUGAGAUACCACCGCAUGCCUAUUGGUUCCCUUGGAAAUGGAGAGCUACUGGUGUUUGAGGAGUCAAGUGAAAUUAUUGUAUAUCAUGUCAAAAUGGGAAGAAUUGUUGCUUCAUAUCAACCAGAUGAUAAGGAAUACCCUGCUUGCAUGUACAAGUGGCGUUGCCAUCCCCAUGUUGAUAGCUUGGUCUCCUUGUCUCCCGCGACAACAACAGCAAAACCUGUAGAAGCUUACAAAAAGUAGGGCCGGGCCAUAUGUGUACGGAGACCUUACUCCUAUGUACUCAAAAUUGGGGAGAGUAUUUUCAAGAGUCUCCGAGCUCGAGCAUGCAUCAAAGAAGGCGCAGAACAUAAAACCAACACAGAAGAAGCAAAAGCAAACGGACAAAGAAGAAGAGCGUAAAGAGACGAAUUGCCCGCAUCUAAAGCUUAUUUUA